AUGGCCUGCAGAGGGGUGUCCCCAGUGUUCCCGCGUCCCCGGGCAGGUGUGGCUCGGGGCCAUCCCCGUGCCCCUGUGUCACAUGUCCCCGCUGUCCCCGCGUCCCAGGUGUUGGUGCUGACGGGGAUCAUCAAGAUCAGCCUGAAGACGCUGCUGGCGUUGCGUGCGGCGGCGGACGCUGGGGCGCUUCGGGCUGCAGCAGACUUUGUCGGCACCUCCACCACGGACGAGCCCUGGGUGGGCUCCUGGAGACCCCACCGCCCUCGUGGCUUCAUCAUGGCACAGUUCACCAGCCCGGGGCCCAAAUACACCAUCCCUGGGACAACCGGUUACCUCUCUCACAACCCCACGAAGGCCAAAGCCCCCGCCUACACUUUCCAAGGGCCCAGGCACCGCAUGGCAGAGGACUGCUCGCCGGGUCCCUGCUACUACGUCCCGCCCUCGGUCACCAGGCACGGGAAGCACGUGGGCUCGGCGCAGCACCUGGGCAGGCGGCUGCCCGGUAACAAGAUGGAUGUCACCCCCGGACCGAGGCCCAACGCCUACACCCUGCCCCGGAUGAUGGGGCCCAACACCGCCCACACCCACGCCAGCCCGUGCUACUCGAUGCAGGGGAAGAGCAAGCACCACAGCUUUGCCGAAGACCUGGCCAAGGUGAGCCGUGCCUCGCUGCUCUCCCGGCGGCGGGAGGGCUCCGGCGCCCGCUGCAGCCCCUCUUCACGCAGAAUCCCGGCCUCUUGGGGAGCCAGGUCCCGCUGCCACGUGUUUCUCCUCUUGCUUUUCCCCGUCCAGGUGACUCUGACCAAGCCACAGGCGCCGGCCCACACCUUCGGGCUGCGGCACUCCUGCUUCACCGCCCCGCUGGUCCUGGACGUCUGA